AUGGGUCGUGUUCGCACAAAGACUGUCAAGAAGUCCGCCAAGGUCAUCAUUGAGCGGUACUACCCCAAGCUCACUCUCGACUUCGAGACCAACAAGCGCGUCUGCGAUGAAAUCGCUAUCAUCGCCUCCAAGCGUCUACGCAACAAGAUUGCCGGCUACACUACCCACUUGAUGAAGCGUAUUCAGCGAGGACCCGUCCGUGGUAUCUCCUUCAAACUGCAAGAAGAGGAGCGAGAACGCAAGGAUCAAUACGUCCCCGAAGUCUCCGCCCUUGACUUCGUCCAGAACACCGAGGCUGGCCAACUCGAUAUCGAUGUUGAGACUAAGGACCUGCUGAAGCACCUUGGCUUCGACAACGUCCCCGUCAACGUCGUUCCCGUCACCCAGCAGCAGACCGCUGAGCGACCCCGCAGAUUCGGCGACCGCGCUCCCCGAUAA